AUGUGUGCCGCCGCUGAAGCCGCGGUGAAGGAUCCCGCCGUCAACGGUGCGGACAAGGACGGCAUGCUCACCGCGUCGUUCGAGGCGACGCAGCUCUUCAUCGACGACGGCCGACAGCGGGAGUUCGCGCCGGGCUCCGCGGCCAGGGCGAUGCCGGGAUUGCGGGAACAGCGGAAGACGCGCCAGUUCUGCGACGUCGUUUUCCGCGCCACCGACGGCGCGGAGAUUUGGGCGCAUCGCUUCGUGAUGUCUGCCAAAUAUUCAGGUUGCUACAAGCUCUUUACUCUUGCCAAAGAGAGCAUGGCUCCCGAGCGAAGGAAGGAGGUGGGGUGUCCGCCCAUCAAAGCUCUGAUCAAGGACCUUGAAGGUGCCAUGAUCGAGCUGCUGGUCGACUUCGCCUACCACAUACCGCUCCACGAGCGUAUCGGCACACACAACAUCGCUGAAGUGCUCGAACUCACCGAGAGGCUAAAGCUUUUGGAAGCAGAAGAAGAAGAAACGGCGCAACACGCCAUUCUUAUUACAACGCAGCUGAUCCAGAUUCGAGACCACUGCCUGAAGACCCUGAAGCAGGAUCUCGAACCAGAGAACUGCAUUGAAACUUACCACCUGGCCACCAGCCGCGGAUACAAUUACCUCGCCGGAGAAGCCCUUCGAUACAUGGUUCGCAACUUCGAUGAGGUGUGGAAGAAAAGCGCGCAGUUCGAGGCACUGACGCCAGAGGAGAUGCGCAGCAUCCUGGAAGACGACCGGCUGAACGCGCCGAGCGAGGUGGAGGAGACCUUCAAGGCCAUCCUCAAGUGGAUCGCCGCCGACGCAGCCGCGAGGAAGGGAUACCUCGCCAAGUUCCUGCCUCUGGUUCGCUUCGUACGCUGCAGCGUCACAGAGUUCGAGAAGGUUGUCUCCCACCCAGAAGUCCAGGGUGACGAAGACAGCCUGAAAGUGCUGAACGUCAUCCAUCAGACGCUGACGCGGCACUCGAUGGAGGUUGGCAAGGUGGCCGGCAUCGACCUGUCCCCGAAGCAGUGGCUCACGCCUCGCAUACCGAAGGACAUCCUGUUCCUUUUCGGCGGAUGGACGUCGGGCGCCACCAACAACAUGCACACGUACAACUGCCGCGCCCAGAAAUGGCGCGUCAUGGGCAGCCAGUUAACCUCCCCCAGGGCUUACCACGGCGCGGCAGUGAUUAACUCCUGCAUUUACUUCGUGGGCGGCUUCAACGGCCGUGAGUGCUACCACUCGGUCGUGUGCUUCGACGUGCCCCUGGCCAGAUGGAGCGCGAAGGCGAACAUGGCGUACGCACGCUGCUACGUCAGCGUUGCCGUUCUGCAGGGCCAAAUCUACGCCAUGGGCGGUUUCGACGGGCGCUCCCGGACUAAGACGGUCGAGCGCUACGACAUCAAGACAAACCAGUGGUCCAUGGUGGCCGACAUGAUCGAGGUCCGCAGCGACGCAAGCGCCGCAGCAGCUCACGGGCGCAUCUACAUCGCUGGUGGCUUCACGGGUGUCACGGUCCUGGACAGCGUCGAGUGUUAUGACCCCUCGACCAACACCUGGACGCGCAUUGUCACCAUGUCAUCUCCACGCAGCGGCGCUAAGGUGGUCGCCCACAAGGACAUGCUGUACAUCAUCGGCGGCUACAAUGGCGUCGUGCGACUCUCCAGCAUGGAGCAGCUCGACGUCAGGAGAGCUCGCUCCUCCGAGCUGCCCAGCAUGCCCCACGCGAAGAGCAACUUCGCCGCCGUCGUCCUUGAUGGCUGUAUCUACACCAUCGGCGGAUUCAACGGCAUGACGACCGUGCAACUUGUGGAGAGAUACGACAUCGCCGCCCGCAGGUGGUUCACGGCGCCGCAGAUCAGCACCAAUUGCAGCGCCUCCGCCGCCUGCGUCGUUCGGGAUGUCGCAGAUCCAGCUUCAUGGAUCUAG